AUGGCUUUGGAUCCGUCGAGCGGCUUCUCGGCCACCUCUGGGCUGGCAGACGACAAUGGCCUUCCGAUCUUCGAUGUGCAGCGCGUGCAAAUGCAAUUCUCCAUUGCGGCCAACUUUGUUGCUGCGCAAGUUGCCAACAACGUGCUUGUGCUUGCUCUCUCCAAUGGCCGCAUCCUCCGCAUUGACCUGAACCGUCCUGAAGACAUCGACGAUAUCGACCUUCCGAAACGUCCGUCCGAGAUCGGCGUCAUCGAGCGGCUCUUCCUCGACCCGACCGCCUCCCACCUUGUUAUCUGCACAUCGGCCGGCGAGUGCUACUACCUACACUCUCAAUCGCGCCAGCCGAAACCUCUCGCGCGGCUGCGCGGCGUGCCUAUCCAGUCGAUUGCCUGGAACCCAUUGCUUCCCACGGCCUCAACCCGUGAGAUCCUCAUAGGUGCCGCCGACGGCAACAUCUACGAAUCGUUUUUGGAACCGUCCAACGACUUCUACCGCAAGGAAGACAAGUACAUCAAGAGCUUGGCGCGAUUGCCAGAUGGUGCCAUUACUGGCCUCUGGGCCGAUGCCAUCCCAAGCCGCUCUGACCAGUUUCGGCGCGUGCUCGUGAGCACCUCGUCGAGGCUGUUGCAUUGGGUCGGGAAGAUUGGCCGGGCACAGGACGGCGGCGGCUCGGUGUACACAAAGCUUUUUGAAGCUGAGCAGCCGGUUAUUCAUGACCUUGCUUCCACUUCUUCCGGUGGGGCAGCUUCCACGGCCUCAACAACAGCAUCUUCCUCCUCAGCACCUGGAACCUCUUUGUCGACAUCUACCACCUCCCUCGUCGUGUCGCCAGACCCAGAAACUGGCAGGCCCUAUGAGGCAGUAAGCCCUGAUCGGGCAUUCGCCUGGCUAUCGUCGCAUGGCGUUUACCACGGCAAGCUGCUUGUUGCUUCACCGAAACCCGAGCUCGGGACAAAUGUAUUUGCCGAGUCGAAGCUGAUCCCGCGAUCCCAGCUGGUCGCUGGCUCCGAUGCAUCGAGCGCCGGCAGACGGCGAGUCACCAACGACCCGGUCGACACAAUUGCUCUGACGCAAUGGCAUGUGAUCAGCCUUGUGGCGGGUCGCAUUGUUGCUGCAAACCGCCUGACGGGCUCUGUGGUGUACGAUCAGGUGAUCCUUGACCCGGGCCAAAAGGCCAUUUCUCUGAGCGUAGACCUGCAAAAGAGUACUUUCUGGUUGUUCACGGCCAAGGAGAUCUUUGAGAUCGUUGUUCGCGAUGAGGAUCGCGAUAUCUGGAAAAUCAUGCUACAACUGCAGCAGUUUGAUGCGGCGAUGCAAUAUGCACACAACGCAGCGCAGCGCGAUGCUGUGGCAACGGCGUCUGGUGACUACCUGAUUGGAAAGGGCCUCUUUGAUGAGGCAGCCGGUAUCUACAGCAAAAGCAGCAAACCAUUUGAGGAUGUGGCUCUGGCUUUGAUCGACCGCAACCAACCCGACGCGUUGCGCAAGUAUCUUCUGACCAAACUCAGCACUUACAAGAAGCCGGGUGUCAUGCAACGAGUGAUGAUUGCUAGCUGGCUUGUGGAGAUUUUUAUGGCGAAGCUCAACUCGCUGGACGACACUAUUGUCACAAAAGCCGAGCUGUCGGAGACACUGGACCCGGCACAGACGCGGGAGCAGCUCGAGCUGCAGCCACGGCCGCGAGGAGGAACUCCUUUUUUUGCUGAUGCCAUCAACGACUAUAACUAUGUCCUGUCGUACUGGGUGCAGCGAGAGAAGUGGUCCGAGGCACUUGCGGUGCUGAAGCGACAGACUGACGCCGAUGCUUUUUACCGCUACAGCAGCGUGCUCAUGACGCAUGUGGCUACAGAGUUGGUCGACGUGCUGAUGCGCCAGGGCAACAGCAUUAAUCCACGCAGUAUGAUCCCGGCACUGCUGGACUACGACAGUUCCUUCCAGGGUCCGCUCGCGCAAAACCAAGCGAUCCGCUACCUGCAGUACGUCAUCAACCAGCUGCACUCGACGGACGCGGCCGUGCACAAUACGAUUGUGUCGAUGUACGCGUCUCUUCCGGCGCGCGACGAGGCGGCACUGCUGUCGUACCUGGAGUCACAGGGCGAUGAGCCUCGGUUCGACCCGGACUUUGCGCUGCGGUUGUGCAUCCAGUACAAGCGCGUGCUCUCGUGUGUGCACAUCUACACGAGCAUGGGCCAAUAUGUGCAAGCCGUGGACCUGGCACUGUCGCAUGAUGCCGUCGAGCUGGCGUCCGUCGUUGCAGAUCGGCCGAUGGACAACACGACACUCCGCAAAAAGCUCUGGCUGGCGGUGGCGCGCAAGGUCAUCUCGCAACAGUCGAACGGUGGCAUCAAGGCCGCGAUUGACUUUUUGAAGCGUUGCGACCUGCUCAAGAUUGAGGAUUUGAUCCCCUUCUUCCCCGACUUUGUUGUCAUCGACGAUUUCAAAGAGGAGAUUUGUGCAGCGCUUGAGGACUACAGUCGCGAGAUUGACGGUCUGAAAAAAGAAAUGGACGACAGCAGCCAGACGGCCGCUAACAUCAAGGUAGACAUUGCGGCACUGGACCACCGGUACGCCAUUGUGGAGCCCGGUGAGAAGUGCUACGUCUGCGGGCUGCCGCUGCUAAGCCGCCAGUUCUUUGUGUUCCCCUGCCAGCACGCAUUCCACUCGGACUGCUUGGGACGCCGGGUGCUGGAACAGUCGAGCCAUGGCGUUGGACGUAAGAUCCGCGAUCUGCAGGUCCAGAUCACGAAAGGCUUGGUGACGGGCCCUAAGAAGGACGCGAUGGUGGCCGAGCUGGAUGCGCUGGUUGCGUCUGCAUGCGACUUUGCCAUCAAAAAGAUCAACGAGCCCUUUAUUCGACCUGAUGAGAACAAGAAUGAGUGGGUGUUGUAG